CGACUGACUAUUGCGUGCAUUUCGGAAGCAGAUUUCAUAUUUUUGUUGAAGUUUAAAGGACCUUUAUUUAUAUCUAAUAGAAGAAAUUCAAUAAAAAUGAAACCUCUAAUGCUUCAUGGGCAUGAGCGCUCAGUCACACAAAUAAAGUACAAUCGAGAGGGAGAUCUGCUUUUCUCAUGCUCAAAAGACACGGAACCGAACGUUUGGUGGUCUCUGAAUGGGGAGCGUCUUGGAACGUUUAAGGGUCAUACUGGAGCCUGUUGGUGCAUUGAUGUUAAGUGGGACACCUCAAGUGUUAUUACAGGAUCUGCAGAUAACACAGUUCGGGUCUGGGACUGUAAAACAGGUGCAUGCUUGCAUAAAGUAGAUGUGAACACUGCUGUUAGGAGCUGUGGGUUUUCCUACAGUGGUAACCUUAUCAUGUACUCUACUGACAAGACAAUGGGAAAGGAGUGCACAAUCAACCUCUAUGACCUGAGAGAUGCAGCCCAGAUGAAAAACAAUGAGCCAUUGUUGACGAUGCUUGUAAGUGGUUCGAAGGUUACCAGUGCUAUUUGGGCAUCCAUGGAUGAGACGAUAGUGAGUGGGCAUGAGAAUGGAGAUGUUUGCAAAUGGGAUAUAAAGACCGGUUCAAUAGUGAAGACUGUUAGGGAGCACAGCAAAAACGUCGUGGACCUUCAGAUGAACGAAGACCAGUCAAUGUUCAUCACUGCUUCCAAAGACAACCAUGCGAAGCUAUUUGACUUAGCAACGCUAGACCUGCUGAAGUCGUACAAGACAGAGCGGCCUGUUAACUCUGCCUCUAUAUCUCCCAUUAAACCACACGUUGUUCUGGGCGGAGGUCAAGAAGCUAUGGAUGUUACUACCACUUCAACACGACAUGGAAAGUUCGAUGCCAGGUUAUAUCACAUGGUCUUCGAAGAGGAGUUUGCUCGUGUUAAAGGACAUUUUGGUCCAAUCAACAGUCUGGCAUUUAAUCCUGAUGGGAAGAGCUAUAGCAGCGGUGGAGAGGAUGGAUAUAUUAGAGUCAACACCUUUGACCCACACUACUUUGAAUUUGAAUUCGAGUUCUAGAAAAUUUUAUUUGGAAAUAUAAGGCAUA